UAUAUGCACCAACUUGAGGGGAUUGUAAUUUAAAAAUAUAUAUAUAUAUUUUUUGAAUUUUUAUAAUAAAAGUCUUAUAAAGGAGAGCGGUAGAUAAAAGAAAAAAAAAUUAUUUAGAAGAAACAAAAGAAAAUAUGGGAUUAUAUAAGAUGAGGCAUUCCAUAAUAAUUUUAAUUAUGAGAAGAAUUCAUCAUUUGCUGCUUCAAACUUUUUGCUCUCUCUUCUUCUGUGUGUUUCGGUUUCUCUUCCAUUGGAUGAUGCCAGCAAUAUUUCGCCGCCUGCUCAUAUCCUCUCUCAACACCUCCAAACUUGUCUAUUCUCCCCAGUUCACCAACCCAUCACCACUCAUCUCCUCCACUUUCUCCACUCAAUCCUCUCCAACUGAAAACACUGACCUCCCAAUUCCACCAGUCAGAACACGAACUAGAACCCCACUCGAAACCCAAUUCGAGACCUGGACUCAAACUCUCAAACCUGGGUUUACUCCAACCGAUGUCCAAACUGCCCUCCGUUCACAAUCGGACCCAGAUCUGGCUUACGACAUCUUCCGCUGGACAGCUCAGCAGCGUAAUUACAAGCACAGCCAUCUCACUUACUUCGCCAUGAUUAAAAUCCUCAUCGACGGUAAACGCUACCGCCACGCCGAAACCCUAGUUGAAGAGGUGAUCGCUGGCGCUUGUGAAAUGAAUGUUCAGCUCUACAAUUCAAUGAUUCGUUUUUGCUGCGGCCGGAAAUUACUGUUUAAUCGCGCUUUUGAUGUUUAUAAGAAAAUGUUACAGUCUGAUGAUUGUAAACCUACACUCGAGACUUACACAUUGUUGUUGAAUUCUUUGCUUAGGAGAUUUAAUAAGUUAAAUGUUUGUUAUGUUUAUUUACAUGCGGUUAAGUCUUUGACUAAGCAAAUGAAAGCUUCUGGUGUUAUACCUGAUACUUUUGCUUUGAAUAUGAUUAUUAAGGCUUUUGCUAAAUGUCGUGAAGUUGAUGAGGCUAUUAGGGUUUUUCGCGAAAUGGGUUUGUAUGGAUGCGAACCGAAUGGGUAUUCAUAUGGUUAUAUUGUGAAAGGGUUGUGUGAGAAGGGAAGAGUUGGUCAGGGUUUAGGGUUUUACAAGGAAAUGAAGCGUAAAGAGUUGAUUCCUAGUGGUGGUACUUAUAUGAUUUUAAUUUGUAGUCUUGCAAUGGAUUUGAGGCUUGGUGAGGCAAUUGAUGUUGUUUUUGAUAUGUUGGCGAAUUCGAUGUCGCCAGAUUUUUUAACUUAUAGGACUGUUUUAGAAGGUUUGUGUAGAGAAGGGAAAACUGAUGAAGCUUUUGAGUUGCUCGAGGAGUUUAGAAAGAGGGAUAUGUCGAUGAGUCAAAAGACAUACAAGAUUUUGUUGAAUGCAUUGCAGUUUGUUAAUCGAGAUUAGAGUUUUGUACUCAGUUUGAUGAGUAAAUUCAAUUGUUUGUCAAUUUGGAUUUUGUCAGAUUGAAAUACAUUAAGAGCAAGCAGAGUGCAGUAGAUACAGUUUGAAUCAGAUGCCAAAUGCAUAUUAUUGGAAUACCAGCUGGACUGAUCUAUACUGAUGCUAGAAGCAAAUGGGAUAUGGUGUUUUGAGCAUACCAGAUUUAAAGGCUGGCAGUGCUACAACCUAUUGCUACAUGAAGAUAGUGCUGCACCCUGUGCCGGGAGAAGGCUGGCUGGUUGUUCAGCCUGUUAUAUGUUGGUCAUUCCACCUCACCUGAAGAUGCAUAUGUGAGCUUAAUCGUGCCUUCAAAUGGUAUCUCAGGAAGAUUUGGGUGUUGAAGUUCAAGAAUGUUCAAGUGAGCUUAGACAGUACUCUGGGAAACUCUCGCAUCAUAAAUCCAACUGCAAGGGAUACUACUACUAAAAUAACAAGUUCUUUUCUCUUGAGCAAUUUUUAUCUAUGUUUAAGUUUAACAAAAAGAAAAGAAAACAGAAGCAGCUUUUUGGUCAA